CGAUGACGUCACUAGCGUAUCGCACGCCACUGCUCACUUGACAUUCCUCGGCCAAGACAGCUGUCAAGCAUAACACGUUGCAGCCAAGAAAAGCACCUCCUCGUGAAGCCAGCGAGGAUGCCGGAGGGGUCUGAGGCUGGCCAGGUGCUAAAGGAGGUGCUCCCACGGAAGGGCCUGCUUUAUCAGGAAGACUCCUCCCCGCUGGCCUUGUGUCGCCCAAAACUCAUGCCCCUCAAGUCAGUCACCCUGGAGAAGCUGGAAGCUAUGCAAAAGGCUGCACAGGAGAAGGGGCGGCAGCAGCAAGAGGAACAACUCGAGCGACAGGCUACUGCCCCAGCCGGUGGCUCCAGGAUCUUUUGAUACCCCUCAGCUAUUUCAUAUUAUUAUUUCUUUUACUUUUUUUCUUUCUUUCUUUAUCAGCUUUUUAAAGAGCGUGUUGCACUGAUUCCCAUUAUUUGUGAAGAGUUUUUUCAUGGUGUUAUUGCUAGAAAACCUAUUUAAAAGAUUUAAGGACAAGCACCCAAAAGUGACAAAAAAAAAAAAAAAAAAA